AUGGACGUUCAACUCUACGUGUAUGAUCUGUCAAACGGGAUUGCGCGGCAGUUUUCUGCUGCCCUUCUUGGAACCCAUAUUGAUGCUGUGUACCAUACUUCGAUAGUAUUGGAGGGCGUAGAAUACGUCUACGAUAGCGGAAUCAAGACUGUUGUUCCAGGACAGACGCAUCUGGGCCGGCCGAUGGAAAUUAUUCCGCUGGGGGAAACGCAAUUGCCAAUGGACGUGGCCAUAGAGUAUUUGGAAUCGCUAAGGGAGAUAUACACCCCUGAGGCGUAUGAUCUCUGGUCACAUAAUUGCAACAAUUUCUCCAACGACUUUGCUACAUUUCUGCUCGGUAAAGGAAUACCAGACCAUAUUACAACUCUUCCAGCGACGGUCCUCAACACUCCUUUUGGCAGAGCACUACAGCCCCAACUCGACCAGAUGGUCGACCAGAGGCACAAACAGAAUGGUGGAUUCUUGGGCAUAAAUGAGCCAGCCAAGGUACCCAGUACACAUCAACAAGUCUCCUCGACCGUGAGAGAAGUCACAACAUUGGCCGAGUUGAACAAAAUCUUAGCGGAGGUUCAAAAUUCAUGUGCUGUAGUAUUCUUCACUUCCGCUACUUGUGCGCCUUGCAAGCAGCUCUAUCCUCUAUACAACCAAUUAGCGACAGAGGUAGCACAUAAGGCUAUAUUAAUUAAGGUAGACAUCUCAAGGGCAUAUGAUAUUUCGCAAAAGUACAAUAUCCGAGCGACUCCAACAUUUAAAACAUUUCUACAUGGCGUACAGGAAAACGAAUGGUCCGGGGGCGAUCCAGCCACGCUCCGAGGCAAUAUCCAGAUGCUUGUACAGAUGGCAUGGCCACCACAUCCACACGAAUCACUUCCUCUACCAGGUCUCCGCGGAACAAACACCAAACCGGUCAUAUACAGCAAAGUACCUCCUCUUCCCAAGUUAAAGGCAAAGAUGGGGCCUGUCGCAGACGAUCCAGCUGUAUCAGGAGUCAUGCACUUUGUUGCGGCUCGCGGUGAAGAUGGAGCAGCAGGAGUUACUCUGCCAGACCUCGAUUCUUUUAGCAAAUUCUUACGAUCAGCUCCCUUACAACUUCCCAUCGAAAUCAUGUUUACAGUAGUUGAUCUAUUGCGGCUAGCGUUGGUCGACCCCCGGUUCAGCGGUUACUACGCAGAGGAGAAGGAUCGCAAGACGAUAGCACCCCUCAUCUCAUAUAUUACCACAUUACAAGGCUGCCCAUAUUCUCUGCGACUUGUUGCACUGCAAAUGGCCUGCAAUCUAUUCUCAAGUCCAUUAUACCCACAACAUAUUCUCACAUGCCCAAGCUUAACGACUCCAAUCAUACAAUUAAUAACGACCAGUUUACUCGAUGACGAACACCACAACGUUCGAGUCGCAGCCGCAAGCUUAUCCUUCAAUAUAGCAGUCGCGAACGGCAAGCUACGCGCAGAGGAGCAUCUAGAAAGCCUACCUGAAGGCGAUCAAAUCGAGCUCGCAGCGUCCUUAUUGGAAGCCAUCAGUGUCGAGGAGGAUUCGCCUGAAGCGCUCAGGGGCUUCCUCUUCGCAUUGGGAUACCUCAUAUACUGUGCGCCGAAAAGUGGAGAAUUAGCAGAUUUGUUGAAGAUCAUGGAUGCUCAAGGAACUGUGUUGACGAAGAAGAAGCUUUUUCCUGACGAGAAGCUGAUUCCGGAUAUUGGUGGAGUUUUACUGGGUGAAGGUUUGCAGUAA